AUCUUAACGAUUCUUAUUUUCUAAUAUUUCGAUUGAAUCUUUUAUGUUACUCUCGAACCAAAAAUGGAAACCACUUACCCAAAUUUCGGUAACUUCUCGAUAGAAUCUCUCGAUUCAAAUAUCACCUAUGUACGACCCAACAUCGGUGGGAACGUGCACUUAAUUUACAACCAAAUCAUACUCCCAAUAUUAACGUAUGUCCCGCCAAUUCUGUUGACCCUCGGCAUGAUAAGUGACUCUUUAGCCCUGGUGGUGCUGCGGCAGUCAAAUCUGCGCCAGUGUUCGAUAGGUUUCUAUUUACGAGUCUUCAUUGUUAUUGAUAUAUUUGUUAGAAUUUUAAAACCAGCACUCGAAUGGAUAAUUACAUACUGCAAACUAACUCACAUUCCCCAUAUUUCUGAUCCCCUUUGCCGUUUGUGGCAAUUCGGUUGGAAUGUCCUCUAUUCGUCAGCCACAUGGUUGGCAGUCUGCAUGGUUGUUGACCGCUAUAUUAUUCUUUGGCAUUCAAGAAAAGCAACUGAGCGUUGCAACGUCUUCAUGUCAAAGGUCGCCAUCGCCAUGGUCUUCACAGGUCUUGUAGUUAUUAACAUACAUGCCAUGUGGAGUGCCUACUUCACCUCGGGAUUGUGCAAUCAAAUUAAUCCAAACAAUCCCAAGAUGCACGAAUUGGUGUGGUUCUGGGUCUCCAUGUCAGCUAAUUAUUACAUUCCGCUAAUACUUUUACUUUUCUUUGAUAUAGCUGUAGUUCUGGGAAUAAUCAUCAAAGGAGACAGAAGCAAUUAUUUCGGUCAGCUGGCCACUGAGGAAUAUGAAAUGACAUCCGUUAGUACUGUAAUUUGCAUUACAUUUUUCUUGAUUACAUCACCUGAACACAUCUGCUAUUUGUUAGAGGAGAACCUUCAGUUGAGAGGACAUGGAUUAAUUUUACUUUUCCUUACGUCAACAGCAGCCCAACUGCUCACGCUUUUCAACUCCGUCCUCGUGUUCAUUUUCUGUAUUUUGUUCUCUUCUUCCUUUAGAGGCACUCUUAUCGAAAUCUUUGUAAAUAUUUUCCGGCGAAAGCUUUCCCACUCCGAAUACGAACUGGCAACGGCGAAUAACAACAUGGAAGGCACAGCACUGGAAAUAGAUAAUCCAACUCACAACGCCAGCAAUUAGAUUCCUCUAUGUAUAUUUCUUUCUCCGUCGUGUUGAUUCGUCAUUCAAUUGCUUUCUAAUGUCUUCGUAGAUGAUUUAUACAAUGUUCCCAUCAAAUGAAGUCAGUGAAACGACUCACACUUCACAUCACAAUACAUAUAUACAAAGUAUAUACUAACAACACACAUGCAACUGCAAUGUGUAUAUGUGUAAACAUAAAUAGACAUACACAGACAUUAUAAACAUAUAUAUAUAUGUAUAGCAUUCUUUUCGAUGGUCCGAUAACUGAAGAGAUGCCGGCGAG